UCAACUAUGUGUCUGUCUAUCCCUGUUAUCUCCUCUCUGCACAGACCAUACAAACACUCCACACCGCGUGGCCGCGGCCACCCUAAUCUGGUGGUCCCAGCGCGCACGACCCACGUGGAGUUCCAGGUCUCCGGUAGCCUCUGGAACUGCCGAUCUGCGGCCAACAAGGCAGAGUUCAUAUCAGCCUAUGCCUCCCUCCAGUCCCUCGACUUCUUGGCACUGACGGAAACAUGGAUCACCACAGAUAACACUGCUACUCCUACUGCUCUCUCUUCGUCCGCCCACGUGUUCUCGCACACCCCGAGAGCUUCUGGUCAGCGGGGUGGUGGCACCGGGAUCCUCAUCUCUCCCAAGUGGUCAUUCUCUCUUUCUCCCCUUACCCAUCUGUCUAUCGCCUCCUUUGAAUUCCAUGCUGUCACAGUUACCAGGCCUUUCAAGCUUAACAUCCUUAUAAUUUAUCGCCCUCCAGGUCCCCUCGGAGAGUUCAUCAAUGAGCUUGAUGCCUUGAUAAGCUCCUUUCCUGAGGACGGCUCACCUCUCACAGUUCUGGGCGACUUUAACCUCCCCACGUCUACCUUUGACUCAUUCCUCUCUGCCUCCUUCUUUCCACUCCUCUCCUCUUUUGACCUCACCCUCUCACCUUCCCCCCCUACUCACAAGGCAGGCAAUACGCUCGACCUCAUCUUUACUAGAUGCUGUUCUUCCACUAACCUCAUUGCAACUCCCCUCCAAGUCUCCGACCACUACCUUGUAUCCUUUUCCCUCUCGCUCUCAUCCAACACUUCCCACAAUGCCCCUACUUGGAUGGUAUCGCGCCGUCCCAACCUUCGCUCUCUCUCCCCCGCUACUCUCUCCUCUUCCAUCCUAUCAUCUCUUCCCUCUGCUCAAACCUUCUCCAACCUAUCUCCUGAUUCUGCCUCCUCAACCCUCCUCUCCUCCCUUUCUGCAUCCUUUGACUCUAUAUGUCCCCUAUCCUCCAGGCCGGCUCGGUCCUCCCCUCCCGCUCCGUGGCUCGACGACUCAUUGCGAGCUCACAGAACAGGGCUCCGGGCAGCCGAGCGGAAAUGGAGGAAAACUCGCCUCCCUGCGGACCUGGCAUCCUUUCACUCCCUCCUCUCUACAUUUUCCUCCUCUGUCUCUGCUGCUAAAGCCACUUUCUACCACUCUAAAUUCCAAGCAUCUGCCUCUAACCCUAGGAAGCUCUUUGCCACCUUCUCCUCCCUCUUGAAUCCUCCUCCCCCUCCCCCCCUCCUCCCUCUCUGCAGAUGA